AUGAAUCCCCCCGGUACUACGGCGGUUGAGGCGGACAGAAGUCAGAGAUCAUCGGAGGACACCAAUUUCUCCAGUCGCGGUCAACAUUCUACCACGUCGCCCUCCAACCAGAGCCGGUUGAGCCGGACCGUUUCGUGGUCAGACGCCUACCAGGGGCAGUGCCAUUCACCACGAGCGAUGGCAGCCAGACAACCAUCGCCAGCAAGUGAGAAUACUCCGAUCAUAGGCGGAGAUCCUCAGGUCACACGAAGCAACUACCAAUCAGUCCAGUCGAGAGACAACCCGGGAGAGCCUGGAACUAAUAAUAAUGCCGACGAUCCCGCCCAGGAUACACAACAGGGAGCCGAGUCUUCUAGGAAUGGAAACACGGCGGGUGCUGGCAGUCAGUCGACGCCGAAUGAAGCAGCGCCGGAGAGUCGGCCUCCGUGGUUUCAACGCUUGGUGGAAAAGUAUGGGGCACUGGAAUUGGACAACAAGGGCAGCGUUGCGCGCGAUCAUCUCGCACUAGAGCGAACCUUCCUGGCCUGGCUCCGGACGUCCCUCGCCUUUGCUUCCAUCGGGAUCGCCGUGACACAACUCUUCCGCCUCAGCGGGUCCAUGUCAUCUAGGAGAUCUUCCGAGGGCUCUACGCAAGGAUUACCUAUCCUGCCACCGUCGCAGGAGCCGUCGUCCUUACUGGACCUCAUCGUCGUGUCUGCAGCCGGAGGCGGCAGCAGCAGCAGCAGCAGCCGCCUUGCCAACGUCGGCAAACCGUUAGGCGCCACGUUUAUCGGGAUCGGGAUCCUGAUCCUCCUCAUCGGGUUCCAUCGCUACUUUGAGAGCCAGUAUUGGAUUGUUCGGGGGAAGUUCCCCGCCGGUCGGGGCAGCGUGGUGCUUGUCACGUUUCUGGCGGCGGGUCUGAUCGUGGCCAGUCUGGUGGUGAUUCUCGCGGUGGCGCCUAGCGCGGUCGAGAGAUAA